AUGGGGCGCUCACCUGGGCAACCUCAGGACGCAACAGAGGAGGUCAACAAAGGAGGUUCACCUCCAUAUAAAUAUCAAGGAGCUGCGGGCGGUCAGGUUGGUCUGCAGGACAGAGUGGUGGCGGUGCUCACAGACAAGACUACGGCCAUGUUUUAUAUCAACAAGCAGGUUGGAGUAGAAAUCCUGAGCAACUUGUUUGGCACACUACACCCAGGAUUCUAUGGUGCAGAGCGUCAGUCUUUCACGUAUGAACGUCGACCUGCUUCUCAAGCUUAUGUUCCCCAUGAUGAGGGUGACUUCUACUAUGCUGGAGGAUUUUUUGGAGGAACAAUAAAGGAGGUUUACAAGCUGUCCAAGAAAUGCCAUGAAGCCAUCAUGGUGGACAAAGACAAGAGAAUUGAGGCAAUAUGGCAAGAAGAGAGUCACUUAAACAAGUAUUUUGUUUACCACAAACCAACUAAAAUACUUUCCCCAGAAUACGUGUGGGAUGACAAUAUGGGUAGACCAGAGAUCCUUAGGAAAAGGAGGUUUCUUGCUGUACCAAAGAACCAUGCUGCAAUCAGAAAUAAAUGAAGUUCUUCUCUGACCGGUCUUAGUGCAGUGGUGGGCAACCUGCAGGCAACAUGUGGCCCAAAGUAAUUUGAUUGGUGUCUGC